GAAUGCGCUCUGGAUACGAAUGGCUUUCCGUUUAACCUGCGGGUAGGGCAAUAUCCUGGAGUGAAGCAUGAUGUUGGUGAUAUUUACUACACAAUAUUCAUCAAUGCAUUGAUAAAGAAGCAUUUAUCAAUGAAUGGUUUUCUUCAGCGUUUCAUUGUUCAAAUGGUUCAGGUUGGCUGCAGAGUUGUCAGACUACCUGACCAGCCCAAGGAUCCCAAGGUUUCUGAAUCCCUGAAACAGAGGGCAGCCGCCCUACUUCAGGCCAAGUACGCAGGGCUACCAAAGGCCAAGGAAUUCGGGAUUAUGGACGCCUAUGACAUUGAGGACCCAUUUAUCCUUACGCCUGAAUGGGUAAAGACUUAUAGUGACCCAAAAGAGAUGAAGGUCUUUCAGAAUCUGCGAGUCUUGAAGGAUGACCCAGAGUUGAAGAUGGCAAUGCAGAACGACUCAACAUCCACUGCUCUCAAAUCAAGCCUGGAUGAGCAAUGGGAAUCGCUAUCGUGGAACAUGCGGAAUAUUUUCAUACAACUUCCAAUCCCGUACUCAUCUCAUAGCAACUGGAACUUCAGGAACCAACAGAACUUCGCCAACUCUAUCUUGAAUGAGGUUCUUGUUGUUCAUAUAGUUGGAAUAAAUAAGGAAAUCACAAGCUAUCAUAUAUAAUACAUGAGGAAAGUGGGGAAGAAUUGGGAAGGUUUCUUCAAUGAUGGAGCUAUAUGAAUACAAU